GAUACUGACCACUGCCUUGUUGGGAACUGUACCAUGUCUAUAGGAAUCCAGUGGACGGUAUAAGGUUGCAAUGAACAGGAGUGACAGGGAUGGAGACCCAGACCAGUUGGCGGAUGAUCUGGAGGACGACCUUGUCAUCAGCAGCAGUGACAGCAGCAGCUCCGAGUCAGAGGCCAGUGAUACCGAGGACAAUGUGGACUCGGGAUUCGGUGGCACCAGUGGCCAAGAGCUAACCCUAGUGGAUGAUGACUCCCCAGUUUUGAUCCACCAGGAGCUUGAUGGGGAGGCAGACCAGGAUGUGGGAUAUGAGUAUGAAGGCGAGGGUGAGGGUGAAGGUGAAGGUGAGGGUAGAGAGAGUGUUGUGGAAACCACCCCCUGAUAUCACCUCAAAGAAGGACAUCCAGGAUAAAAAGAAGAAGAAGAAAAAGAAGAAACGAUUGCUGUACAUCUGUCUCACCAACUGCAAGUAUGAUGUUGUUCGCCGGACAUCCCGGAGGUUUGGCUUCAAGGAGGUGUCUGAUGAUGAUGACUGGUCACUGUACUGGACAGACUACUCUGUGGCACUGGAAAGGGUCAUGGACAUGAAGAAGUAUCAGAAAAUCAAUCACUUCCCAGGAAUGAAUGAGAUUUGUCGGAAGGAUUUGCUGUCUCGAAACCUCAACCGAAUGCUCAAGAUGUUCCCUAAGGAGUACAAUGUCUUCCCUAAAACAUGGUGCCUUCCUGCUGAUUAUGGAGAUUUCCAAGCCUACACAAGGCAGAAGAAGAACAAGUCCUACAUCCUGAAGCCAGAGUCUGGAUGUCAAGGUCGAGGAAUCUGGGUUACCAAGAACCCCAAGGAAAUCAAACCCCACGAACAUAUGAUAUGUCAAGUCUACCUCAAUAAGCCAUUCUUGAUAGAUGGAUUCAAAUUUGAUUUCCGAAUCUACACGUUAAUAACAUCAUGUGACCCUCUGAGGAUAUUUGUGUUCAAAGACGGUCUAGCAAGGUUUGCCACCAAGAAGUACGUGGAGCCCAGUGCUGGCAACACUGAUAAUGUGUACAUGCACCUGACCAACUACGCCAUCAACAAGCACAGUACUGACUUUGUUAGGGACGAUGAAGCUGGAAGUAAGAGGCUUAUAUCCACCAUAAACCGCUACAUGAGAGAGAAGGGGUAUGAUGUAGACAAGAUGUGGAAUGACAUUGAUGAUGUCAUCAUCAAGACUGUGAUCUCAGCUCACUCUGUACUGAAGCACAACUAUCGCACAUGCUUCCCCAACCAUGUCAAGGGCAGUGCAUGUUUCGAGAUCCUAGGUGUGGACAUUCUGCUGGACAGGAAAUUGAGGCCGCAGAUACUGGAGGUGAAUCACUCUCCCAGCUUCACCACUGAUGCAGAUCUUGACCGAGAGAUCAAGGGCACGCUAGUGUACGACACACUCAACCUCAUCAACUGUGGAGCGUGUGACCGGAGGCGCUGCAUUGAGGAAGAGAAGAAGAAGAUCAAGGACAGGCUGCUGGGCAAAUACACAAAGAAGGAAACCAAGGAAGAGCUUGAGCAGGCUCAGGCCCAGUUUAUUGAGCAGCAAGAACGCUAUGAGAACACUCAUAUGGGCAACUUCCGGAGGAUCUAUCCCGGUCCAGGCUGUGACAAGUACGACAAGUUCUUCCACAGCAGUGGCACCCUCUUCCAGGAGACAGCAGCAUUCAGGGCUCGAGCUGAGCUGGCGAGACAGCAAAGAGAGGAGAUCAUCAGGAAGAAGGAGAAGAUGGAGUCUAUGAUCAAGGGAGGGAAGAAGAAAGAUGGCAGUGUACUCAGGCCAGAGUCUCCAACCAGUCGGAAACGUCGCACCUUACGUCGAUCCACCAUGCCAACACACAGACUAAGCUCUUCUAAAACAGAUUUAGAGGGCAGUGACAGCAGACUGCAGCAGGAGGAGGUCAUCGACACGUCCAAGCCGAUGGAGAUCAGGGAGGAGGAGGAGCUGGAGAGAAUCAGCGGGCUGCUGCAGCGGGACAACCUCGUGCGCGGCCUCGGCAUCGUGGAACAUGUGUACCGCCUCCUCCACUGUACCCCUGGUACCAUGGGGGUGAUGAAGGCGGAUCCCAGACCUCUACCCCCUCCUGUGGACAGUCACCGAUGGCCACUCCCUGGCCGACACAUGGACCCCUACAUGAGUGGUCGCCCACCUCCUAUCCGAGCCAAAGACAGGCAGUAUUAUAAAAAGCUGCUGGAUAGAUACUUUGGUGCCAACCACGUACUGUCUAACGAUAGUGUCAGUCUAAAGUAUGAUAGAGCCAGCCACAGAGCCGCCAACUAUCCACACUGUAUCCCUGGGGUGCCUGGGCUGGUUUACACCCGUAAUCCUAAAGACAUCACGCGUCAGUUCCCGCAUGUGCGGCUUUCGUACAGUACUGCAGAGAAUAAGCUUCUCCUCACGCACGACUUUGAUACCGAGCAGGAGGCAGCUGAAGCCAAUAAUGUUGACAGCGAGAGAAGGCAGCUGUCACGGAAACCGAUGGCAGCCAACAGGAGUGGACCAGCCACCAUUGUGCCAGAGACAGACUACCGCAGUAGCAUGGUUGAGACGGAGGCAGAGCGGAAUCGGCUGCUGGCUCGGAGUAGUGGUCAGACAGAGUGGCGGUCAGACACAACCACACCCACGCAGAAGGCUCGAAUACUCAGUGCACAUGGGAGAAGAGACCCAGGGCAGAAAACCUGGGAGUAUCUGAUAGAUCUCCCACUCCCUCGGUUUGGCCCGGCUCCUCCAUCACAUGGUCUCUCCGUGGUGUCGGCACCAGCGCCAGUUGUCCAACGCCCAGAACUCGUUCGACCUGAAAUGGUUGUGUCAGCAUCAUCACCAGGAAGUGGCCUCAGUAGAAUCAGUUCCAACCAUUCUGUGACGGAGAAUCCUGCCAGUCAUCGCUCAACCAAGUCACAACGGAUACGUCGCGCGUCUAAUACAAUGAGACUACGGCAGUUGGAAAUGAGAGAAAACCAUGCCUUUGUCUACAGCUGAUACUAAUCCUUGAGAUGUACAGAGAGAACUGUACAAAAGCUGUUGUUGGAGAGUCUUAAUGAUGCUAAAGAACUCUAUGCCUUAUGGUAGGCGACCAACAACACAGGAUUGAAGGAGAAAGGAGCCUCUCGCCUGCAUUUUCACAAUAGACGAUGUUGGAGUAUCGACAGUGUCUCAGUAUUAUGAACGAUAACACUGCUUUUUACAUGAUUCUUUAUAAAGCUCAGUUCCUUGAAGAAUUCAUUUCUUCACUGUGAUAUACUGUACCAGGGUCUUUUUACCUGCAGAUUGUUAAUAUUUUAUUUCUUUUUCCAGUGUUUCUAUAUAUAUGCUUAAAGUUAGUUUGAGUGAGUUUGUUUGCUUUGAUAACCACAAAGUUGCCUCUCCGUAAUAACCAACAUGGUACUGAUAGGCUCUCUUUCAGGCUUUUGUUGAUAUUCCAAAUAUGAAGAUAUUAUUACCAUGACUUCUUUUAUUUGACACAAGUAUAGGUAUGACAUUUGUAGAAAUAUUAUGAAGUUAGAGUUGGGGAAAUGCAUUACAUAGAAAGUAUCAUGUGUCUCGUUUUAAUAAUAUUAAAAUUCUGUUCCGCCAUUUUAUAAACUUGUUACAUAAUGCAGGGGAACUGUUUCAUAUUUAAUCUUCCAUUUUUGACAGAAGCAUUUUAGUCAAUGUAAUCACUUUGACUUGAGAAUAGCGUUGUGGUUUACAAAUGCGUACAGUAUUCAUUGAUAAUAAUCAUCACUGGGAUAGUUAUUUUCCCAAGUUUUCCAUUUGAGAUGAUUUUCUAUUGUUAUGAACAGCUCCUUGUUUAUGGACCAUUGUGUUUGUUUUGUUAUGUAAAGGGUAAAUGUAUCAGUGCCAAUGCCAUCAGUGGCCGGUUCAAGUAUUCAGUGCUUUGUGAAAUAUUCCAAAUUACGGUCUUUAGGAUUGAUUUGAAACUGUGAUAAACUCUUGCAAUACAAUUGUAGGUGGAAAUGUAUUGAAAUCUGUGUGACUGAAGUUAGAUUAUCAUUUUCCUAUUUAUUAUCAAUGUUGGAGGAUGUAACUAGAUUUAGGUAACAUUACAGGAUAAAUCAAGAGAGAAUUGUUUGAUUUUGUUAUAGAUGAUCACUAAAUCUUUUGUCGUUUUGAAUCAGAUGUAUUAUUUGGACUCGUUUGACCAUUUUGACAUUAAAAUAUAUCAAACACAAAAUGUGCAAAAAUGUAAAUUUAGCCAGUUAGACAUUGUUGUACAUACAAGCCCUGACCAAGACAAGCGAAGGAAAUGUGUACUUGGGAAGUUUUCAUAAUUAACAGUGAUAGACAAAUAGUUUAUUGUCAAAAGAAGUA